UUUUUAGUGCUAGUCGUUGGUUUUGAAGGCUUCAAGGUUUUAUAGGAUUUUUUAAAAAUCUUUGGUGCAUCGUGAGAGCAUCAGAAGGUUUUGUGGGCAAUUCAAAGAGCUGAGAAAUGUUCUAGUGGAAACACAAAAUCAAGGAGAUUGACAAGUGUUGUGACUGAUUGGGUUCAUAACCUGUGUUUUGAGAGAAGUGAAAGCUGGAGGGUUGACAUUUCUGAAAAUUGAGACUGUGCCUUGAGGGUGAUUUUGACCCCACGAUGGGAGAUGAGUCUUGAGUGUUUUUGGAGGAUUCUUGUGGUUAACGAUUGUCACUAUUGUUUCUGGGUGAAGAAACCACGAAGAGAAACUAUUUUCGUCCACAAUUGACGUCAUUUAGUGGAUUUUAGGGGCCCCAAAAAAGAGCCUAAUGUCUGUAUGGUCGACGAGCACCGGGCGCAACUCAGUCUUUGGUGCUGAGAUUGGAAAUCCAAGCAAUUUAAAUCAACAACAAUUACCGAAUCAUUCGCAUUUGCAUACAACCGAGGGACAUUGUUUCCAUAAUCGUUUUCACAAUUGCCAGGCAAAGAUGUCGCAGUCUGGUGAUGGCCUCCACACACCGGGUUAUCUUUCCUGGAGGAAACUUCAGCUCAGCAGAGCGAAACUCAAAGCGUCCAGCAAAACUUCGGCUUUGUUGUCAGGUUUUGCAAUGGUGGCAAUGGUAGAGGUCCAACUGAACCCCGAGUCAAACGUACCCAACUCGAUGUUGAUAACUUUCGCAGUGUGCACAACUCUCCUGGUCGCGGUUCACAUGCUGGCCCUCAUGAUCUCCACCUGCAUUCUUCCAAACAUCGAAGCGGUCUGCAAUCUCCACAGCAUCAGUCUCGUCCAUGAGUCCCCCCAUGAACGUCUCCACUGGUACAUCGAGAUCGCCUGGGCGUUCUCCACUCUCCUUGGGCUCAUUCUCUUCCUCCUUGAAAUCGCUAUUCUCUGUUGGGUGAAAUUCUACGACUUCUCCCAGACGGCUGCAUGGUCCGCCUGCAUUGUCCUCAUUCCUGUACUCAUCAUUUUCCUCGCCUUUGCCAUUCAUUUCUAUCGCAGUCUUGCAGCACAUAAAUACGAAGUCACGGUCUCUGGUAUCCGGGAGUUGGAACUUCUGAAGGAACAAAUUGAAUCCACCGAUGUCGAGGGGAGAAACGGCAGUAGUUUGUUAGCAAAUUCUCAUAUUGUGUAGAACUGCUCAUUUCCAGUUUUUACAGACAUUUUUCCUCCAAUUUCAGAUCUUUUGGUCAGUUCAGAAUUUUGGGGGGUUUUUUUUUGAGAAUGGGAUCAAAGAGGAGGUCAUUAGGGAGUUGGAAGAUUUUCAACUUUCAAAGUUCUUUAGAAUGAAACGGAAUUCGACUGGAAGAGAAAUAGCUCAGUAAAAAUUACGCGGAAGUUCCGUAAUUUCCCAGUGAAAACGAAGGUACGAUAAAAAUUACGAAGGGUUCCGUUAAAGGUACGAAACAUACCGUAAAAAUUAAGAAAUUGCUCCGUACUUUUUACUGAAUAUUACUUUUCGGGGUUUUUACAAAUUUCUACGAUCGAAUUUCCUACUAUAAUCAUUAGUUUUUAUUUUUGAAAUUUUUCCAUUGGCGCACCAAUGCAAUGAUUGAGUCGAUCAUAAAUCAAUUUCAUAGAUCAAAUUUGAUCUCUAAUGGGAGAAAAUUGUUUGAUUGUUAUAGUUUGCGUCAAUAAAGGGAUUUUUUUUCUCCUCAUGGGGACGAGAAUUUCAAGAUUUCUCAAGAGAUGGGGAUGACGAGAUUUUGGAAGGAAGAGAAGGGUUUUCUAACUCUACAAGUUUUUCAAAUCUGGGGGGGGGGGGGGUAUUUUUAGAGAGGAAAACAUUCAGGAUUAUAUUUGAAAUUACGGUUUAAAUAUUUUUGAGGGCGUGAAAAUUUCAAAAUUGGUCUGAGGAGAGAUUUCCCAAAUGACGUCUUAAAAAUUUGUGAUUUGUCAGUAAAUGAAAAUUUGUUGACCUCAGCAUUAGAUCAUUUUUGGAAGCAGGGGAACCAGAGAAUUAUAGUAGAAUUAUUAUAAUAGGGGAGGUGAGAAACUUGGGGUUUGUUUGGUCAUUUCGAAAUGGGGAUGGGGGAUUUCUGAGGGAUCGAGGCUCAACGAGACCUUUAUUGGUGAUAGUUUGAAAUUUACAAGGAAUAGGGGUAUGAAAAUUUGGAAAUUUCGUUAGGCAGCAAUAUUUUUGUUGGGCGUUGGAACUCUUCUAAAAAAAUAAUUAGGGGUAUGAAAAUUUGGGACUCCUUCAAGGGAAGUUGGAAGGUUUGUGACUGAAAAAAGUGAAAUAAUUAGUUGGAACCAAAAAGUUAGCGGUAAUGGAAUAGUAUAGAUAUGAUGAGAAAUUGAAAAGAUUGGAAUUGCAGAGUCUUAGAGCCCCCGAAAAUGGAGAAUCACAGAAAACUGAUGGAGAACUUUUUUCGGAAUUUUGAAAUGAGGUUUAGGAAAGUUUUAAAUGACUGAGUAUAAAAGCUUUUUUUAUAGAUGAGAAGUGUCAGACAUUUGGGGAGAGGUGGGACCAUGGAAUUGAGACAUUUUCCAACAGGUGAUAUUUUUUGAAAUUCGAGAGAUUGAUAGUUGUGGAGGGCUGUCAAUAACGGAAUUUUUUGGCGAAGGAGAUGAGAUUUUCGAGGGAAUGAGUCAUUCCAUUUUUAGAAAAUCAAUACAUUGAGGAAUCAGCCGCAGGGGACUUUUUUAAGGAAUAGAGAUCUGAAGAUUCUUAGAAUCAUGUGAUUUUGGAUUUUUUCGUACUUUUGGGAUUAGAUUAGGAAAUUAUUAGAGGACCGAGGAUCGACGAUUUCUUCGCGAGAUGAAUUCUGGAAUUUGCGGAGGUGCGAGGGAGUUUAUAGAUUUAUCAGGACAUUGGAAUUAUUGAAAGUGACAAAUGUCGAGGGAUAAAAAUUUAGGGAUUUUGGAAGAAAUGGAGGGAUGGAUAUUUCUAGACGGAAGGAGAUUGAGGAUUUUUGGAGAAUUGGAACUGUAAGGUUUACUGGCGUGACAUAGGCUGAUGAUCAGUGUUCAGAAAUGAGAAUUCUCCGAGCUAUCAAACGGAAUAAUUUCCGGUCAUCUUGGAGCAGUUCUCAAGUCAGUGCCAAAAUACAAUGAGAUAAAAUAUCUUGAUUUCCUCUUCUAUUGGAAAAUUGCAAAAAUCAGAAAAAAACCUUCCACAGAAUAAUCUAUUUCUGUUUAUUUUAUAGAUCGUUAAGAAUAUUUACAUAGGUUUAUGUAACUACGAACUGAAAAAAAUAUCAGGACACCUGUAAAUAUUAAAAAUAAUUAUUUCUGAUUUUUUUUCUAUCUUGGCACUCUAGGAGUGAAAAAUUAGUCUGAAUGAUUUACUACUUCUUUAAUUUCUGGUGGGUUUUUAUUCAAUUUCAUAUAUAUCGAAUUCAACUUGUAUUUAUUGGAAUAGCAAUCGCGAGUUCUGGCAACUAAAUUAUAAUUUUUUUUUCUCUGUUAAAUUUUUACUUUGUUAUUGAUUUGGGCAACUUAUAUUUAUCGAAUCAUUACAGAAUGAAAAAAAUUGAGUAUAAAUAAUGCGAAUACAUUCCCUUAGAGCGUUGUGACUUAUCGACGAGAAGAUGAUUCCUAUGGACACUGAUUGACGAAGAAUUUGAUUUUUUUUGUAAUUCGAUUAUUUAUUCGUACUUUUUCCUUAAACAACUAGCGUUUCAAUCAAUUGGGGCGAGGGAGACUCUGGAGAUGUAUUUGCCCUGGAAAAUUCAUAAAAAUUUGUAUUACAGAAAGAAUUAUAAGAAAAUAACAAUAAACAGUACCAAAGGAACGAAAA